AUGGCAUCCAUCACAGUCCACAACUCGCUGAAACCCGGCUCGCCGGUCCCUUUUGUGCCCAGGGAGGAGGGUAAGGUCUCGUGGUACGCUUGCGGUCCGACUACAUACGACUUGAGCCAUCUCGGUCAUGCCCGCAACUAUGUUUCCACCGACAUCAUCCGCCGUAUCCUUAUCCAUCACUUUGGCUUCAAUGUCAACUUCGUUAUGAACUACACGGAUGUGGAUGACAAGAUCAUCAUCAAAGCUAGGAGGAAGCGGUUGCUCGAGCUCGAGAAAGAGAAACCCCACUCCGCCAACCAUCUUAGGGAGCUUACAUUCAAGGCGUUUCAGGCUUACGCCGAGAACAACCUCCCUCUACUAACCGGAGCUGAGCAGUCGGCCGUGGACGAGCACAACUACCUGGAACGGAAAGAGGCCGCUUACGGCCAUGUUUUGGCAGGCGGUCCCCUAUCAGGGGAGGGCAAGCCCGGCGACGCCGAAGCCAAGGUGAAGAUGCACCUCGGCAACAUGGACUCUGCGGCGAAGUCGCUUAGGGACGGUGCCGGGUUCGACGGCGCCGAGGAGGUCCUGCUUCCGUACCUCGACUCCCUGUACAAGGAAACCAUCGACACCAGCGACCAGACCAUGUUUACCGACCUCACACAAGCCAUGGAGAAGGCGUUCAGCGAUGACAUGGAGGCCCUGAACGUCCUACCCCCGGAUGCGGUGACACGAGUCACCGAGUACGUCCCGCAAAUCGUGUCGUUCGUCGAGCAGAUCAUCACCAAGGGGUUUGCAUACGAGGCCAACGGCUCGGUGUACUUCGAUAUCGCGGCGUUCGAGAAGGCUGGAAACACGUACGCCCGGCUGCGGCCCGAGAGCAAGAACGACAAGGCGUUGCAGGAGGAGGGGGAGGGCUCGCUAUCCAAGAGCCUGGAGGGGAAGAAACGGUCAGGUGACUUCGCCUUGUGGAAGAAGUCGAAGCCUGGUGAGCCGUUUUGGCCUAGUCCCUGGGGUGCGGGUCGCCCUGGCUGGCAUAUUGAGUGCUCCGUCAUGGCGUCGGACAAGCUCGGCGAACAGAUGGAUAUCCACUCCGGCGGCAUCGAUUUAGCGUUUCCCCAUCACGACAACGAGCUGGCCCAGAGUGAGGCCCACUUUCACCAGUGCGAAAGGGGCGAGCACUCCUGGGUCAACUACUUUUUGCAUAUGGGCCACCUAUCGAUUGCAGGGAGCAAGAUGUCCAAGAGCUUGAAAAACUUCCAGACCAUUCAAGACGCUCUGGCAACGACCUACACCGCCCGCAACAUGCGCAUCGUGUUUCUUAUGGGCCGUUGGAAUGACGGGGUCGAAAUUUCUGUUGAUAUGCGGAAACAGGCGGACAGCUGGGAGAGCACGGUCGAUAACUUUUUCACCAAUGUCAAGGCGAAACUGGCAGAGGCUGGAUCAACAGCGGACGGGAUUAAGGGAUUGUCUCUCGAGGAAGGCACAGGCUUGACAGAGGAGCUGGAGCAGGCUAAGAAGGAUCUCGAUUCGGCGCUUCGCAACUCGUUUGACACCCCCGGCGCGAUGCAGGUGAUCCUGCGGCUGGUCAAGGACGCAAACAUUUACAUGAACGACAAGUCCGUGCAGCCCAACUUGCAGGCUGUCGAGGCCGUUGCGAGGUGGGUAACCAAGGUUGUCGGCAUUCUUGGUCUGGACGCCAGCGCGCGGCCUCCAUAUAACGGCCUCGGGUGGGCCUCUGCCAGCGCGGCGGCCAACCUCGAACCCAAGGAGGCCGUGAAGCCGUACGCGGAAGCGUAUGCCAAGGUGAAGGCGGACGUCGAGGGGUUAAAGCUCGCCAAUCCCUCAAUCCAGAAUCUUCUCCAGCAGCAAACACCGGAGGCCGAAUUUGCCGAUCUGGAGAAAAGCGGGGAGCGCGACGUGGAGAAACUGGCUAUGCCGUACCUGCGGGCAACUUCGAGCCUGCGGGAUGAGCUGCGGGCGAUUGUUUCGGCCCUCGAGUCUUCAAGCAAACAGGCCGUGCUCUCACUAAGCGACCGUAUCCGCGAUUAUGACCUCACCGACCUGGGCGUUCAGCUUGAUGACCAGACCGAUAAGCCCAGCUUGAUCAAGUUUGUUCCCGCAGCCAAGCUCAUUGCCGCGCGCGAUGAAAAAGCGGCACUGCUGGCGGACAAGGCUAGGCAAAAGGAAGAGGCGCGGAAGGCGAGGGAGAAGGCGGAUGAGGAGAAGUGGGCCAAGGCGAAGCUGUCUCACAAGGAUAUGUUCAAAGCCGACGCCAAGUACCAGGAGUGGGACGCCGAGGGGCUUCCCACUAAGCUCGCGGGUGGUAGCGAGGUGCCCAAGAGCCAGGUCAAGAAACUGAAGAAGGAGUGGGAGAGGCAAAAGAAGCUGCACGAGGAGUAUCUCGCCAAGUUUGGUGGCGCCUAA